AUGUUUCAGGACUCAGUGGCAGUUGAGGAUGUAGCUGUGAACUUCACCCCAGAGGAGUGGGCCUUACUGGAUCCUUCACAGAAGAGACUCUACAAAGAUGUGAUGAGGGAAACCUUCAGGAACCUGGCCUCUAUAGGGAAAACAUGGGAAGAUCGUGAUAUUGAAGAUCAGUACAAAAGCCUGGAGAGAAAACAGAGGAGACUCUGUGAAAGUUUAGAGCACAGUCAACAUGGAGAUAAAUUCAGCCUUACUCCAAAUCUGAGUCUGAACAACAAAACUACAGGAGCUAAACCAUGUGAAAGCAGCUCAUGUGGAAAAGUCUUCCUGCAUCAUUCAUCUCUUAAAACACACAUUCGAUGUCACACUGAACACAAGCUAUAUGACUAUCAAAAUUACAGAGAGAAGCCAUAUAAAUGUAAGGAAUGUGGGAAAGCCUUCCCUUUUCCCAGUGCUCUUCAAACACAUGAAAGAACUCAUACUGGAGAGAAACCUCAUGAAUGUAAAAAAAGCAGUAAAGCAUUCACCUCUUGGAGUUCCUUUCAAAUACUUGAAAGAACUCACACUGGAGAGAAGCCCUAUGAAUGUAAUAAAUGCAGUAAAGCAUUCACUUCUUCCAGUUCUCUUCGAGAACAUGAAAGAAUUCAUACUGGAGAGAAACCAUAUGAAUGUAAAAAAUGCAGUCAAAGAUUCACUUCUUCCAGUUCUCUUCAAAGACAUGAAAGAAUUCAUGCUGAAGAGAAACCCUAUGAAUGUAAAAAAUGCAGUAAAGCAUUCACUUUUCUCAGAUAUCUUCAAUUACAUGAAAGAAUUCAUGCUGGAGAGAAACCCUAUGAAUGUAAAAAAUGCAGUAAAGCAUUCACUUCUUCCACUUCCCUUCAAAGACAUGCAAGUAUUCAUACUGGAGAGAAACCCUAUGAAUGUAAAAAAUGCAGGAAAGCAUUUGCUUUUCUCAGAUAUCUUCGAUUACAUGAAAUAAUUCAUACUGGAGAGAAACCCUAUGAAUGUCAAAAAUGUAGUAAAGCAUUCACUUCUUCCCGUUUUCUUCGAGAUCAUGCAAGAACUCAUUCUGGAGAGAAACCCUAUGAAUGUAAUAAAUGCAGUAAAGCAUUCCCUUUUUCCAGUUCUCUUCAAAGACAUGAAAGAUCUCACACUGGAGAGAAACCCUAUGAAUGUAAAAAAUGCAGUAAAGCAUUCAUUUCUUCCAGUUCUCUUCACGAUCAUGAAAGAAAUCAUUCUGGAGAGAAACCCUAUGAAUGUAAUAAAUGCAGUAAAGCAUUCCCUUUUUCCAGUUCUCUUCGAAGACAUGAAAGAUCUCACACUGGAGAGAAACCCUAUGAAUGUAAAAAAUGCAGUAAAGCAUUCACUUCUUCCCAUUCUGUUCAAAGACAUGCAAGAAUUCAUACUGGAGAGAGACCCUAUGAAUGUAAACAAUGUGGUAAAGCAUUCACUUUUCUCGGAUAUCUUAAAUUACAUGAAAGAAUUCAUGCUGGAGAGAAACCCUAUGAAUGUAAAAACUGCGGUAAAGCAUUUGCUUAUUCCCGUUCUCUUCAAGAUCAUGAAAGAAUUCAUACUGGAGAGAAACCCUAUGAAUGUAAAAAAUGCAGUAAAGCAUUCACUUCUCUCAGAUCACUUCGAAGACAUGAAAGAAGUCGAAGACAUGAAGGAAGUCACGUUGGAGAGAAACCCUAUGAAUGUCAGGAAAGUGGUUAA